AUGAAUAUAUAUGUAUUACUAUCAAGAGCUGAUACAAUUUUUUAUCUUAGAAUUUAUCAUGUUAUUGUUGGAUUUUUAAUGAUUGCUGCUAGUAUUGUAAUGAUAGAAUUUAUGAUUAGAACAAGAAAAUUACCUAAACUUGAUUCACCACAUGAAAUGCCUAGACCGGCUAUGAUUGGUGCGAUAACAUUAACAGUUGGUAUUGUUGUUGGUUAUGCUUAUUUUAUAAUCUUUAAUUUUUCAUUUUCUAAUUGUGACAAAUUAGUUGAUCAAUUAUAUGGAUCUGAAUUUUAUCUUGAUGCUAUAUAUUCAACAUUAAUGAUUAUAUUUUGUUUUUUAUCAUUAAUUUAUGUAUUUCAUCGUUCAUAUUAUGGAGCAAUAAAUACACAUCUUGAUCAUAUUGGUAGAUUAUGGAUAAAUAUAACAUUUACAGUUGUAUGGUUAAAAAUAGUUAUAUAUAAAGGUUAUCUAAGUCAUCAAGAACUUUGUCAACGUAAAGAAUUAGAAGGUUAUUGGUGUCCUGUAAUUAAAAGACAUUAUGAUUGUGAUCCAUAUAAUGAUUUAAGUGGUACACAAAAAAUAUGGUUUUAUCUUAAUAAAGGUCUUCUUAAUACUUCUGUAAUAUCAUGUGCUUCAGAAUUUUUUCCUGUUCUUCUUAUUGCACAUUGGUUGGCAUGUGGUGGUGCUGAAGAAAAAGCUGAAGAUUUAUUAAGAAAAAGACAAUUAAAAAGAGGUAUUCGUAGUAUGAUGCAAGAAUUUAUCAAAGAUAUUUCACGUGUUUAUGCUGAUACUUCUAAUGUUAUUGGACCACCAUUAGUAAUAUCAAACAUUCUAAAAUUUCAACAUAUAUUUUUUGCUUUAGUAGCAUUUAUUGGAAUGCUUGUUAGAUGGUUUGUAUUUUUUUAUUAUUCAAUUAAUUUUAAUACAUUAGCAAAAAAACAUUGGAUUCAAAAUGAUUGGAUAUUUUUAGUGACAUCUUUUAUUCAAGCAUUAUUUUUUUUAAAUAUUUAUCGUUGGGUUAAAACAGUAAAAUCUGAAAGAUUAGAUGCACAUCAUAAAGCACAAGCUAGAGGUGAUAUUAUUAUUUUAUUUGGAUGUACAAUGAUUCUUUCUGUUAAAUUUAUAUUACAAUCAGUAGAAUUAUUUUAUCAACAAAAUAGUGAUAUAAUUUCUAUAACGGAAGAAAUUAUAAAAACAUUAUCAUUAUUCUUUGUUCAAGUAUGUUUAUGGUUUCAAUAUUUAGCAAUUCGUCGACUUCUUGCUUUAAGUGAUCGUGAUUUAAAUUCUUCAAAAUCAUUUUUACCUUGUGUAUCAAUAAGUGGUUUUUUACUUGCAUGGAUACAUUUUGGUUGUACAUUUUUAGAUACAUCUGUAAUUAAAUAUCAAUUAACAGAUGAGACUUUUGAUUUUAAUGAAGUAUCAUUGAUAUGUAUGAUUUUUACACAAACUAUUUUUCCCGCUGAUUAUCUUUAUGCAUUUACUGUUUCAGGAUGUUGGAUGGAUCUUAUCAUUAGGUACAUGGAAAUGGGUCUAUUUCAAUUGGGUAAACCACGUUUAGAAAUAACUAAACAUCAUGGAAAUAAUCAUUUAAAAAAAGAAGAAAAUAAUAAUAAAACAUUAAAUAAUAAUAAUAUUAAUGAUACUUAUUCAAUUACAAGUGUAAUUAAUAAUUCUAAAAGAGAUUCUAUAUCAAUUACGAGUAGAUUUAGAAGCAAAUAA